AUGUUUAAAGAAAAUAAAAUAUUGAAUAUUUCAGGUAAAAAGCCUUUAAUGAGUAAUAAGCCAUCUCAGAAACAAUUGCUUCAUAAAUGCACAUCAAAUAAAGAUAUUGAGCAUUUAACAAGGAAUAUCAGUAAAUUCGAGAUUGAUGAAUUUGAAUUUGCACCAAAUAACCCUGAAGAUAAUCAGUUUAAUUAAGAUUAAAUUUCUAUUUAGGACAAUAAAGAGAUAGAAUUGGAAUCAGAAAGUAAACCUAGGAGCAAAAGAGUUUCUGUUUUAAAUGUGAUUGGCAAAAAGAAGGAUGAGAUAAUACCGUAGUAUUAAACUUUGGAAAACAAUCAAAUGCCUAUAUAUCCAAUGCCUACAUAGGUUUUAAAUGAGAGCGUUAAAAUGAGAUCGAGAUAAGAAACGCAAACAUUAUAUGGGUUAUAACAAUAACUUAAGUUUAUUACAAAUGGACUCUAAAAAAGUAGUAAUCUUUUGAAAAGCAUCAACAUAAAUAACAAUGACUCCUUCAAUUCAAUAGAUCCUCUUCCCUAACUUUUCUCUAUGGAUUAGAUACAGUAAUCAUCUCAUAACAUUCUAAGAUCGGUAUAAUAAUCACAAUCAAAUACCUUCUUAAACUCAAGAAAUUCAAUAGAGACAUCAUUAAGUAAAUUAAGAGGAUAACCUCAACAACAAAUUUAGUCACUUACUCCAAUUCAGUAAUAACUCGUGAAUAUGAAUAAAAACCGAAACUGGAUAAAUAACAUCAUGAAUAAAAAGAGCCCCUUGAUAUUUAAUCAGAUGUCACUAAGGAACUCAGACAGUUACUUUGCUAUAAAUAAGAUGCAUGAGGCAAGUACUGAACUUAGAGUUAAUACAGAUCAGGAUAAAGAGACCUUAAGAUUGAGGAAAAAUUUACAACUAAGAAGAUUAAAGGAAUACAUUACCAGAAAAAAUAAGAAUAAUAGAUAGAAAUAUGAAUAAAAGAUUGAUGGUUAAAAUAGUAGAAUACAUUCCUAGACACCAAAGCCAAUAAUUGAGCAAACGAUUUCGAUGAAAUCUUGUCUUUAGAAAAUCGUCCAGCAAGGAACUAGGAUCAAAACAAUUUAAAAGCCAAUAAAAAGCUAACAAAAACUUCAUUUGAUCAAUAAUCUAGAUUAGUAAAAGAAUAAUGAAUACAAAGUAGAUGAUAGCUACAACUUUUUGAAAUAAAGUAGAUUAUCUUCAUCGAGUGAUGAAGACCUGUGUAGACUUACAAAUCCUACUUUGAAAGUCGAAAUAAUAAAUGCUAAGAAGGAACUUGAUGAGUUGAGUUAGAUGCAAGGUUUCAAAAAAGAUGAUUAGCUUAUUUAAUCACUUAUAAGAAUUGAGACUUGCAAGUAACACUCAAGGAAUAACCAUGAAUCUUUUACUACUGUCAGAUCAUCAUAAUAAAACAAAAAGAAAAUAAAGACCAUAGAUCUAAAUAAACCUACUAGAUUAAUUUUCCACAUUCCCAAUCUUAAAUAAAAUCAUUCAAACUAUUAAAAACCUCCCUUGAAAGAUAAAACUUCUAAACUAGACAUUGAUAGCAGCGAAGGGUAUCAAAGUGCAGCUCGAUUACAAUAAAACUAGGAAAUUUCAAAAUGGGAAAAUUAUCACUAGAAAGAGGAAGAUUCACACAGGUUCUUUGCAAUUAAAUCCUAGAAUGAUUUUAAAUAUUCUACCACAAUUUCUCGCGGAGAUAAUUUCUCUUCAGUAAUGGGUAUGCCACACGGUGGUGGAACCAUUCAACAAUCAUCUGGCGCGAAUAUGGCAAUAAGAUAAGGCAAUCAUUAAACCAGGAAAAUUGUCAACACUAACAAUGCUGUCUAGAAAACGAUUGAUCUUAAUAGAAGAAAGAAAAUUCCAUAUUAUCUUAGGAAGAAUACAAAUGAGAAAAGAAAAAUCAUUCAAAAACCUUGGUCAAAGCCAAUGGCUGCAUAGCAUUUAGCUGCUAUCAAGAUCUAGUCAGCAAUUAGAAAGUUUUUGUAUUAUAAGAGAAAGCUUGAGCGCAGAAACUAAAACAGACCAGGAGUUUAAAAUGCUCAGCAGAGACAGAAGUAAACAGUAGCCACACAAGGAGGAAAAGGCAUGGCAAAGAUGUACUAGCAUAAAGUCUCAAAUACUAGUGAGUUAUAGCACCUAACUCCCAAUCAAAGACUUAGAUAAAAGUUUUUUACAUCCCCUUACAAUGUUUUACAUAAGAGCGAAGAAACUUGCUGGAGAAAUUUUUGUGCAGCAUUAAUUUAGGCAACAUAUAGAAUGGCACUUACAAGGAGACUCUUCAGGUAUCAUAGAUUCGCAAUGUAUCACAUUGCUGCCAUCUAAAUAUAAUGGGCAUGGAGAGGAUAUUAGGAAAGAAAAAAGAAGCUCCCAGUUAAGAGCAAGGAAGUCAUUGCAGCAGAAAAACUUUAAAAAGCUUGGAGAUCUUUCACUAAUGUGAAGAUUUUCAAGUAUUAUAAGGAUCUUAUUAAUUUUAAGGAGAAAGGAGAUCCUUCAUAGCUACUAAAGAGUGUUAAUCCAGCUGAGGCUGGGAUUUUAGACGCUGCUACUAAAUGUCAUAUAAGAUUUAGACUUGGAGGAGAUAAAUUCCCUCCAUUGAUUUAUUACAAGAUAUUCUCUCAUGGUUCAAUUGUUGAUAUAAACGCUUUUGCUCCUCGUGAUUAUGUUAAAAUUAAAAAGGAAAAGAAAAAGGAGACCAUCAAUAUAAGAUUUGAUAAGGAAAAGAACGAUAAGCAUGAUGGAUGGUAUAACAGAUAUGAGAAUAAUGGAUGGAGACCAAUUAGUGAUAAGAUUCUAACUCCUUACGAUGCAGUGGAGUUAAGAACAGCAAACAAGCCUAAGAAGUUUCAUUUUGAUAAGGCAAAGAGAAAAGAAAUGACUGCAAAAGAGAAGAGAUCUAAGAAACUUAAAUGGCUGAGAAAACUCUAUAAGGAUGCAAAAAAUGCAGAACUGCUUGGAGAAGCUCCAGAUUUGAUCACUUAAAAUGGAAAUAAGAAAUAAGACUUGAAGGCUCUAGAGACUCUUUAUGACAACCCAUUCGACGAUCAGAGAUUCCUUUAAUUGAAUGAUGGAGAGUUUGAGAAUGAAGUAAAUAAUCUUAUAGAAUGGUGUGAAGAUCUUGAUUAUGAAAAAUACAUUGGAAACUGGCAUUAGCUUGCUACAAGCGCAUAUGUAGGGUCAUCUGGAUAAGAUCAAAAUACAAUGGGCUAAUCAAUGAACAAUGGUGGAUAAUAUUUAAUGAGUGCUGGGGGCUAAGGAGGUGAAAUGAUAGACCCUGAAUAAAUAAGAAACUCAAUGGGAGACGAUCGUUAUUAAUAAGCCUAUUAAUAACAUCAACUACAGGAAGAAUAAUUCUUGAAAGCAAAUGUAGACUAUGAAAAUAGAUUAAAAGAGCAUAUCUAUCAGUUUGAGGAAAAUAAAUCUGCAAUGUCUGGCGCAAAGGGUAGUCUUAAAGGAGCAAACUCAUCAGCAGGUGAUUAAAUAGGAGAUCUAGAGUGA